CGAAAUUCUCCGACAUAUUUUGUUAUUCAUCGGCACACAGUGAAAAGUAAUCAAGUUUAGUCAAUUUAUGUGAAUCUCUUGUUAUACAUCAGUUUAUACAUCAAUUUAGAGUUAUGUCUGGAUUUAUGAAAAUGUUCGGAGGGGGUAAGUCAAAGGAAAAGGCCCCAACUCCACAAGAAGGCAUUCAGAGACUGCGUGAAACAGAAGAAAUGUUGAUGAAAAAAUCAGACUUCCUUGAAAAAAAAAUUGAACUUGAACUUACAACAGCAAAAACAUUUGCAAGAAAUAAAGACAAGAAAAGAGUUGCCUUACAAGCUUUAAAAAGAAAGAAGCGUUAUGAGAAGCAGCUCCAACAAAUAGAUGGCACUCUAUCAACCAUAGAAUUCCAAAGAGAAGCUUUAGAAAAUGCGAGUACUAACACAGAGGUUCUUAAAGUUAUGGGGGUAGCGGCAAAUGCAAUGAAAGCAGCACACAAAGAAUUAGAUGUAGAUAAAGUGCAUGACUUGAUGGAUGAUGUUGCAGAGCAGCAUGAACUUGCAGAUGAAAUCUCUUCGGCUAUUUCCACUCAGGUUGGCUUUGGGGAUCCUGUCGAUGAUGAUGACCUCAUGGCUGAACUUGAAGAAUUAGAGCAGGAGCAAUUAGACCAGGACCUCCUGAAUGUGGCUGGCCCAGAGACAGACAACCUGCCAUCUGUACCUACUGCAGAACCAGUAGGAGCAGCAACAGUUAAAGCAAAAUCAAAGGUGGAAGAGGAUGAUGAAAUGAAAGAACUUGCAGCGUGGGCCACAUAGACCUCCUUUGCUUACUGACAAUAAACCCUGCAGGAUGUGGUCAUAAAAGAGGAG